UUGGUACAGUUACCAUAAAAAAAGCAGGGCGACGGAGCGCAGCGGAGUUGGCUGAGUGCAUGAGGCUGUACGUCCCUGAGUCGGGAAUAUCCACCCAACACCCCGGGAUUUAUUUGAGCCCAGCGGGCCAGCGGCUGACAGGUGACUCUUUGCCUUUCUGUGAGACGAGCGACUCAGACACGACAUAGACAGGAGCAGCCGGCUGCAGCCUCGCUGAAGAUGUCUGAUAAUGGGGAGGUCGAGGACAAGCCCCCAGCUCCGCCCAUGAGGAACACCAGCACCAUGAUUGGCUCCUGCAACAAAGACCCCGCCCCCCUCAACCACGGCUCCAAGCCCCUCCCACCCAACCCCGAGGACAAGAAGAAGAAAGAUCGCUCCAUCAGGUCCAUCCUGACGGGAGGCGGGGACAAGACCAAUAAGAAGAAGGAGCGUCCAGAGAUUUCCUUGCCAUCUGAUUUUGAACACACCAUCCAUGUCGGCUUUGAUGCUGUUACUGGGGAGUUUACUGGCAUGCCAGAGCAGUGGGCCCGUCUCCUGCAGACGUCCAACAUCACCAAGCUGGAGCAGAAGAAGAAUCCUCAGGCCGUCCUGGACGUUUUAAAGUUUUAUGACUCUAAAGAGACGGCCAACAGCCAGAAAUACAUGAGCUUCACAGAUAAAAGUAUAGAUAACUACAGUAACUACGGUUCCUCCACCAUAACGAGCUCCAAGGCCGUGUCGGAGACGCCCGCCAUAGCAACCGUAUCCGAGGACGAGGACGAAGACGAGGCCCAGCCGCCACCAGUGGUCGCCCCCCGGCCCGAGCACACCAAAUCAAUAUACACUCGUUCGGUCAUCGAGCCCCUCCCUCCUCCUCCUCCUCCGACCAAAGAUGCCGCGACCUCCCCAAUCUCCCCUCCCGCCUCCGCCUCCGCCGCCGCCACCGCCACCGCCACUGCCACCGACAACGGCGCCGCCGCUCCGGCCGCCCCAGCGGAGGGCGGAGCCAGCAGCCCGCCCAGCGCAAGCCCCGCCCCGGGACCCUCCCUGCCCCGCCCACAGGACAAAACCAGGAAGAAGAAGAUGUCAGACGAGGAGAUCCUGGAGAAACUACGGAGUAUAGUGAGUGUCGGAGACCCCAAGAAGAAGUACACGCGCUUUGAAAAGAUAGGACAGGGGGCGUCUGGGACGGUCUACACGGCCAUAGACAUCGCCACAGGACAGGAGGUGGCCAUUAAACAGAUGAACCUGCAGCAGCAGCCCAAGAAGGAGCUGAUCAUCAAUGAGAUUCUGGUUAUGAGGGAAAACAAGAACCCCAACAUAGUCAACUACCUGGACAGUUACCUGGUGGGCGACGAGCUCUGGGUGGUGAUGGAGUACCUGGCCGGAGGUUCGCUGACUGACGUCGUCACGGAAACCUGCAUGGACGAAGCCCAGAUUGCCGCCGUGUGCAGAGAGUGUCUACAGGCGUUGGAGUUCCUCCACUCAAACCAGGUCAUCCAUCGAGACAUUAAGAGCGACAACAUCCUGCUGGGCAUGGACGGCUCUGUCAAACUCACUGACUUUGGCUUUUGCGCCCAGAUCACGCCAGAGCAGAGUAAACGCAGCACCAUGGUUGGGACGCCAUACUGGAUGGCGCCCGAGGUCGUGACCCGCAAAGCCUACGGUCCCAAAGUGGACAUCUGGUCUCUGGGCAUCAUGGCCAUCGAGAUGGUGGAGGGAGAGCCGCCGUACCUGAACGAAAACCCACUCAGGGCGCUGUAUCUCAUAGCAACCAACGGGACGCCGGAGCUGCAGAACCCCGAGAAACUGUCGGCCAUAUUCAGAGACUUUCUGAACCGCUGCCUGGAGAUGGACGUGGAGAAGAGAGGGUCGGCCAAGGAGCUGCUGCAGCAUCAGUUUCUGAAGGUGGCCAAGCCUCUCUCCAGUCUGACUCCUCUCAUUCUGGCUGCCAAGGAGGCCGCCAAGAACAACCGCUAGCUAGCCUUGCACUCUGUUAUCCAUUCAUCAAUCUCUCCAUCUCUCUGUCCCGCCCUGCUCCCACUCCUCCGUCUCUCCUUCUCUCCCUCCCACUCCUGUUUUUUUUUUUAUUAUUAUUAUUAUUUUGGGUGUUGGGAGGAAGGGUGGCCAUGACUCCUGGUGGGGUGACAAGAUGCAUCCAACACCUGCAGCUCCUCUCUUCCCCUCCCUGCUUUCUUUUACCUCUGAACCCAAGUUUGACCUCCCCAGCACCCCGCCCCCACCCUUCCUCACACACACACACACACACACACACACACACACACAGAGACACACACACACCAGGUAGAAACGGCCAGAAACGGAUGCAGUUUUUUUCCAAUCAUCUUUUCAUCAACACUCCACGACCGGAGGAGAGGAAGAAGGGGCCGAGUGGAUGAGAUCAUCAGUCGGUGGCGAAGCAGUGUCGUCGUCAUCAUCAUCAUCAUCAUCAUCAUCAUCAUCAUCAUCAUCCUGCCCGGUACGAAGAACCUGAAUGGAGGAGAGUGUUUCAACAGAGCCCAAAGACUCAUGGGAGUUAUGUUGUAUUUUGUUGUUUUGUUUUCUCCCUUGUCUGUGAAAGCGCCGGACCACAUCAGCCAACCAACUCUCUGCUGCAGACUGUUUGUGUGUGUGUGCGUGCAUGUGUGUGUGCGUGUGUGUGUGUGCGUGUGUGUGUGUGUGUUAGGGGGACUAGCCAAGGUCCUGGCUUGUUAUUGUCCUCUGGGUCUGGGUCGGAGUAUUUUACCUGUCUGUCUGACUGACUGUUAUUCCCGUCUUCUAUCUGAAAGUGCUUUUGUCGUGUUUUUAAUUGAGUUGUGUGUGUGUGUGUGCGCGCGCGUGUGUGUGUGUUUGUCGUGGUCGGGGGAUGGGCGGGCUGGGGAUCGGGAUGUUAAUUAAGUUGAUUGUAGCGUUACCCACGGUAGUUUUUUGACAAAGAGCUGGUGAGGUUUGGUACUUUGUCCUGUCUGCAGUGUGAGCUGUGAGUUAUAGAAUAUUAAUAAUAUGAAUUAUAAUGAGGAAACACUGGCACACCCGGAGCCCUCGAUGGACUGAGUUUGGACGUGGGUGGUUUUCACCGGCAGCCAUGUUGGCUGCACGCUCUUCUUCCGGGACCAUCACCAAGGACCUGAUGCCUGCGCGCCCGUCUCAGUGCCAGCCGCCUCACUUCAGUUGUUCCAGCGAAGCCUCUCAGCCCCCGUGGAAGUUUGCACAUUAUUAGGCUGAAUUAUGAACUAAACUCUUCUGAUGUUAGACCCGCGUUUUGCAGGAUUAGGAUGCCUGCUGGGCCCAAAACUCAAACUCGUGUUGCAAUGCCAGUCGUCCUUGUUGCUGUCAACAAAAACUGUUUUCUCCAGACUUCAGUCAUUUGUAGAAAUGGAAGCUUAAACAAAUUGAUUCUUAAAGGAUAAUACCAGACUUCUUUGCACCGGUGGUCAGAGUUUUCCCUGUCCUUGCCCAGGCAGUCAGCACACAGACGGCAUAGCUGGAGAUGUCAGGGCUCACUUUCAUCCUUCAGAGUAAAGCCUUUUGCUAAUAUUUAUUCUUGUGCAGUGUGAAAAACAACAUCCACAGACGAAGAUAAUCCUUCAAUCAGAUAUGAAGCCUUCAUCAUCAGUGUUAAAUAUCUCAAACAUAACCCCGGUGCAGACAGGAGGAAAUGGGUGGUAGCUCAAAAUGACAUCAUGCAAUCUUAGAUUUUUGUAUUCGCUGCAACACAAACCUAUAAUUUGGAAACGCUGAUACAAGUACAAAAUGUGACUCUCUGAAGCGGCUGUGCGCUGAGCUGAACCUCCACGUAAAGCAGGAGUUUGUACAGUGCCGAGAUUCCAUGUUUACCCAUAAUCCACCCUGCCAAACUGGCUCCGUCGUGGGCUCUGGGUCUUCACUGUCUGCCGGCUUGACGCUGGGACUGUGAGGGAGAGAACGCGCAUGUCAAACAACCUUUUUUUAUAUGGUACGUUUAAGAAAAAAAAAAAAAAAGAAUUGUGAUAAUGCUGAAAACGUAUAGUGACGAUACAUGAAGGAUGCUUGUGUACGAUAAAGGUAGGAAAGAUCAUAUCUCAACCCUAUUUUCUGAAGAAGAAGAAGAAAAAUAAUGCCUGGAGGACUGUCAGAUCCCCGCAAACCCCCUCUGAACGUAAGGUGUACAUUUUAUGUGGAAAAACAAGCUGCAUUGACUUCCAAAAAAAAAAAAAAAAAAGGUACAGCAUCAGUCAGAACAAUCUGUCUCAGACUCUGUUUAGCAACGUGUUCUGUUUUUAUAAUGGAUCAAAGAUCAGUUCUUUUCCUGUUUUUUUUUUUUUUUUAAUUUGGAUUUGAUUCUACUGAUUUGAGUGUGUGUUUUGGAUUGGCUGCAGGCGUGCAGGGCCGUCCUGCGCUCACAGGUCUGACUCCCCAACAGUCCAGGCUCCCAUCAACCCAUCAAGCCAGUGUUUUCACCCUGCCUAAGGAAAUCAGCAAAAUGCCUGCAGUGUAAAUACGCCAGACAGGCAAAACCAAUCUAAAACACACAUUCAAAUCAGUCACUUUGAUUUCUUUUUCUUUUUUUCUUUCUUUCUUUUUUAUGUAGUAUCAAUGUACCUCUGGCCUUAAACUGUUUCACAGGUGCAACACUACUUUAGUACCAGUCUAAAAGUGAUGAUACAGUGGCAACACUUUGAGGCGAUGGAGAUGGGCAGCAUUGCAGCGAGAAGACUCUGCAAAUUUAAAUCCAAAUCCCCGUCGCUGGUGGGUGAGAAGCAGAUAUCUGCACAGCGCUGGCUUAUCAGGAGGCAAUGAAAGCAGCCGCGUUUUUAGGUUUACCUCUAUGCACGUUUGAGUCGAUCCAGUGGCUCAUUAAAGAGUUUCAUUCGCUCAAAGAGAUGAGAGGAUUUUGUCAAACCAUACAUUACCAUAUAAUCUUUCAGCUGAGGCACCAACAAAAGUGGGCGAUAGGAAGUUUUCGCCCGGCGGUGCCAACAUCCCGUCAGUCACCAUCGCCAGGCCAGAUGUUUCAGAGGCAUCUGAGGGAAGUCUCAAGCCCCGUGAUGAGUGGGCUUCACAACAGGGAGGUGACAGAUUAGAGUCCUGCAGCAGCCACUGUGAACUUGGCUGCUGAAGUGUCCUUGAGCAACCCGCCGCACCUCCCACCCACUCAGGCUGAGCCGCUGCUGAAGCCAAGGAACAGACUCUCCUUUAAAGUGGGUGUGAUCUGGUGAACCGAGGCUCUGACGAGCUCCGACACGUCUCCCCUGCCAGCUGACGUCGCCUUAAAGUGUUGCCUGUACAUCACUGUCUGAACCCCCGGUACAGGGCGGACUUUAAAGGAUUAUUCUGUGUUUUUUUCUUUGGCAGGAGAAUGGUCUGAAAGCCAGCAUGUGGUUUAGCUCAGUGCUAAUGUGCCAGUAGGUGUAAAAGAGUGGGUGACCACGUCUGUUCACUUUGAAACAGCUGUUGUAGGUGAUUUUAUCAUGAGUUUUUAAGCAUGUCACAGAUGUAGACUAUUCUCAGACCUAACAACUGCCUAUCACAUGGAAAGAAAUAAAGGAAUCCUCCUUCAGUUUUUUUUCUGUAACUUUGGUGAAAUAUUAUUUUUACCAGUUGAUGGUGUUUGGGCCGUGCUCCCUGAUCGCUGGCUGUGCCAGUCGUCGAUCAGACGAUCAGAUCGAAGCCAAACAGUGUUUGUCAAUAACUCUCAAGGUGUGUUUUAACCUGUGUUGGUGGGAAAAAUAAUCUAAACUUUAGGCAGCCAAGCACCACCCAUGUGAUACUACAUGCAGAUUAAAACAAACACUGAUCUCACUGCGGGCAGGGCCGCUUUGCUUCAGUCACAUCCUUUUUAAAAAGGUAAGGCAUGGAUUUUUUUGUUGCUUUGCCUUUAAUAAUAAUGAUAUUACUUGUAAAAUAUACAUAAUAAUCAUACGAUCUGGUUUUAAUAAAGCAAGCUUGCCACUAACUAGGUAGCAUUAAUCAAAAUUAAACUGAUUAAAAAAACAAAACAAAAAACAAAGCCUAUUUAAUGGACUCCAGAAUGCACCAUGGACCUCAGCGAUGGAUGCAGCUGCUUUGCAGGCAUUGUUCUUGAGACAUUUAUUCCGGUGGUCUUUCAAAAAAAAAAAAAAAAAUUUUUUUAGAGAAGUAUGAACUUGUU